UGUUCCCGCUGCCACUUCCCCCGCAUGUUCCUACUCCUACGCCACCCGCUUUGUCCUCCACUGCGCCACCACCAUCGCUAUCCCAUUCCCAUUCCCAUUCCUUCCUGCCCGGGCUCGAUCGCUCGGCGCGCACCAUCACGACGCACGCCGCACGCGCCGCCCAGAGCUCUGCGUGCGUGUACAGAGCGGCCGGUGGUGCUGGUCGACGGUGCAUGCGCGGGGAUAGGCAUGGACACGCCGACGUCGUCGACGUGGGAGGAGGGCUCGCAGUCCGACUACGCCGACCUCGACGACGAUGACAUGCCCAUGGAGCGGCAGCGGGGCGGCGUACUGCGAGCGCUCAACCUCCGCCGCGACGACGAGGACGACGACGUCUCGUCCGAGUGCAGCGGGGAGCUCGGGAGCCCGUACGGGUCGCCGUACCCGCGCUGGCCGGUCUGCAAGCUGGCAGCGCGGUUGCCGCCGCCGGCGCCGCUGCUGCAAAGGCUCGGCGCGGAGCCGCGCGACCGCAAGGCCGGAUGCACCGAGUUGCAGCUGAUGAAGGAGAGGUUCUCCAAGCUCCUCCUCGGCGAGGACAUGUCCGGCGGCGGCAAGGGUGUCUCCACCGCCGCCGCCAUCUCCAAUGCCAUCACUAACCUAUACGCGACCGUUUUCGGGAGCUGCCACCGGCUGGAGCCCCUGCCGGUGGAGAAGAAGUCGAUGUGGCGGCGGGAGAUGGACUGCCUGCUCUCGGUCUGCGACUACAUCGUCGAGUUCUUCCCGUCCAAGGACAUCCUGCCCGACGGCACGACCCGAGAGGUGAUGGCGACCAGGCCGAGAUCCGACAUCUACGUCAACCUCCCGGCGCUCGAGAAGCUCGACGACAUGCUGCUCGAGAUCCUGGACGGCUUCCAGAAGACGGAAUUCUGGUACCUCAACGACAAGGCGCACAAGGACAGCUGCGACGACUCGGCGCCCUGCCGUCCGGCGAGCCACCGCGGCGAGGAGAGGUGGUGGCUGCCGGUGCCUUGCGUGACAAAGUCCGGGCUGACGGAGUCGGCCCGGCGGGACCUGCAGCAGAAGCAUGACUGCGCGAGCCAGAUCCACAAGGCGGCCAUGGCCAUCAACAACGGCAUCCUCGCGGAGAUCAAGAUUCCGGAAUCAUACACGCAGACGCUUCCCAAGUGCGGGCGGGCGAGCGUGGGCGACGCGCUCUACCGGGGCAUGUCGUUCCCGGGCAAGUUCUCGCCGGAGUACCUGCUGGACUGCCUGGAGAUAUCGUCGGAGCACGAGGCGCUGGAGGCGGCGGACCGCGUGGAGGCGGCGAUGCACGUGUGGCGGCGCAAGGCGGACCACGGCCACGCGAGGUCGCCGUGGGGCGCCGUCAAGGACCUCAUGGAGUCGGACAAGAACGUGAUGCUGGCGAGCAGGGCCGAGGACACCCUGCUCUGCCUCAAACACCGCUUCCCCGGCCUCUCCCAGACCACGCUCGACGCGAGCAAGAUACAGCAUAACAAGGACGUCGGGCAGGCCGUCCUGGAGAGCUACUCCAGAGUGCUGGAGAGCCUGGCGUACACCAUAGUGACAUGUAUAGACGACGUUCUUUUCGCCGACGAAUCGGCGAGGAAGAUCUGAUCAUCAUUUCUUCAUCCUCCCUGGCCCUGGACAAGAAACCAGAACAUGGGUCCAUACAUGAUACAUCCAUCCAACAAUAUGUACAUUAUGUCAUAACAUGUUAGUGGUAGUAGUACACUAGUGGAAGAUAGCAGCAUGAGCAAAGCAGGCUACUCUCCUCCUAGCACAGCCAUGUUUGGGGCUACAUUCAUUCCCAUGGUCCAUCAGUUACAUUGCAUUCUCUAUCAUGACAAUGGAUGUCAGAGAGUACUUGUCACUUGUGAA